UUGAGUGUGUUGUGUCUCCAGUCCAGCAGGAGUCGCUCUGCAGCUCUUCAGUCCGCCGAUAAACCCACUAAAGAAAGAAAGAAAGUCAAACAUCAAGCGCUGCGUGUUCACAUCACUCUGAUUUUCUCUCUUUAGUAGGGAUGUAACGGUAUUGUAAAUAUCGAAGCAUCGAUAUAACAUUUGUGAUAUUAUCGUGUUCGCAUGACGAUAGAUCUCCCAGGCAAAGUGUAGUUUUUUCAGCCGAAUGGAGCGCGUUGAGGGUAGCGGGAACUACAAUUCCCAUCAACCCAUGCGUGCCCAUCAUCCUCUGCGCUCUGCUGCCGCCCGCUACAGAUCAAGCUGAGCGAAAAUGGCGGAUGCCGCUAGUGGAAUAGAAACGGAUUUACAAAUUGUUGAAGCUAAAGCGAAUUAUAAAUCGGAUGUGUGGAAGCAUUUCGGUUUUCCCGUGACAAGAAACGAGAAAGGAGAAAAGGUGACGGACAGACAAAAAACAAUAUGCAGACACUGCCAGACUACGGUGAAGUACAAUUCGGGGAAUACGACUAAUAUGAAGAGCCAUUUGUUACAUCAUCACCCCGAAAAGUUUCAUGAAGAUACGAGGAGCAAAAAAAAAUUAGCGAUGUUGAGGAUGACGUCACAGAUGUGCUGUAAAUCAGUGGGAACUGAUCUGUCCAUGCUGGAUAUUGAUGAUUUCAUCACAGAAAUCUGUCAGCUGAAGAAAGAGGUGGCGUUACUGGAGGAAAAGCUGAGGACAAGAGGAGAUGAACUCAACACUGAGAUUGUGGUAAAGGUCGAGUCAAACCCCACAGACGCUCAGGACACUGUGUGUGACAGUAAUCACACCUUGAAUCAGGAUGAAUCUACUGAUCAAACCUCCACAGAGUCUCUGGAUUCUGUCUGUAACGCUGGAGAACAGCAGAUCCUGAACACCAGACCACUCAACAUGUGUUCUGUCACACUGAUGGACUGUGGGAAACUGAUGGAGAUAAAAACUGAACCCACGUCGGAGGAAGAACAGACUGAUGAAGAUGAGAAUGGUGAUGAUGAUGAUGAUGAUGAUUUUAUUCCUUCAGAUGAGAGCGGUGAUUCAUGUUGUGAUGGAGAAACGGCCUCUACAUCAAAACAGCGACUGACAGCACAAACUCUUUCCUGCAUCACCUGUGGAAAGACAUUCAGUUCACAGAGACGUUUAGAGACACAUGAGAGAAAACACACAGAACAGAAACUCUUCACCUGCACCAGAUGUGACAUCAGCUUUCCUACCUUACAAGAGAAGAAACUUCAUUCACAAGAGCACAGAGACCAGAAACACUUUCACUGUCAGCAGUGUGGGAGAGCUUGUGUCUCGUCUUCUAGUCUGAACGCUCACAUGAGGACACACACUGGAGAAAAACCGUACGAGAAGAAACACUUUCACUGUGAGAAGUGUGGGAAGAAUUUUUUUACAACUUCUUCUAAUAUGGGAGCUCACAUGAGGUCACACACUGGAGAAAAACCUUUCCACUGCAGUGAAUGUGACAAAUAUUUCAGAACCAAAGCAAAUCUUGUUGCUCAUCAGAGAAUUCACACGGGAGAAAAACCGUACGAGUGUCCUCACUGUGACAAGAGAUUCAGUUACGGAUCCUAUAUAAAGAGACACCUGCGUUUACACACCAGUGAGAGACCGUAUCAGUGCAGUGAAUGUGGAAAAACCUUUAGACAGUUAUCUGGUCUAAAGUCGCACCAAACAACUCACUCUGAGGAGAAACUCUAUCAGUGUUCACACUGUGACAAAUGUUUCAGUCAGAAGUCCAAUCUGACAACUCAUGAGAGAGUUCACACUGGAGAGAAACCUUUCCUCUGCUCUCACUGUGGAAAGAGCUUCUCUCGGCCAAGUACUUUUAAAGUUCAUCAGAGAAUUCACACUGGAGAAAAACCUUAUCACUGCAGUGUUUGUGGGAAGAGUUUCAAUCGUCCUCACCAUUUAGUGAGACACAAGAGAACUCACACAGGUGAAAGACCCUUCAAAUGUUCUCAGUGUGACAAGACGUUUACUCAAAGAGUUCUCCUGAGAAUCCAUGAGAGAGUUCACACUGGAGAGAAACCUUAUCACUGCUCCAUCUGUGGAGAGAGAUUCGCUCAUUUAGGACGUUUUAAGACUCAUCAGAAGAAACAUGCUGAAGAACAAACUGCACUGGACUCAUUUUAGAAUCUCUACAAGGUGCACUUAGGCACUUUUCUUUGCCAUUUCGUAAUAUAAAUAGUGUGAUAUAAAUCCUGCAGAGUGAUUACGCUUCAAUCUGAUGGUGACUGCGGUCGUUACACAAAAAAUACGUCGAAAGCACAAAGUCAAAUUGAUUUUUAUUGGUGUGCAUUGUAUUAAGCGAAUGACGUCAUUUGCCCUCGGUCUAUGAAACCACGUAAACAUCUGGUUAGUAUAAAACCAUUAAGUAAUCCAUUUGGGACAACACUACCCUUCUAGAAUUCCUACACUAGAUUGUAGUAUGUAUAGUGUAUAAUAUGCUAUUUGGGGAACAAUAGGACUACUUCAGUACUCAUCCAGUAACUGUAUAUGUACGGCACACGCUUUCGUCAGUUCAAAAUUAACAUUCAUUUUGUUUCACAUCAUUGAUUUGCCGAUUUUCUUUUCAAUAACAGAUGUGAGACGAAGUAUACACUUGAAUGAUUUACAAAAGAUUUGACACUUCUCAUACUAGUAACAUGGUGCUAUAGUGAUUGUAUUAUUGACCCUGUGACAGAUCGCUUUAUUGUUUCCUAAAUUGUAAAAAAAUGUAAUGCACCCUGAUGCUUGUUAGUGUCGUCCUGAGGUUUAUGAUCAGAUGGAAGGCAAGAAUAUAAUGUUAGCUUUGAGUUGAUCGUUUAUUCUUUUGUUAAUAAAUAUCUACUUUAUAACCUCUGUAUUGUAAUGAUGUUAUUGGUGGUUACUGUGGUUAACUUAUAGUAAGCAUGUUGUUUUCUAUUAAACCCUGGUAAAUUUUCUUACUGGUUAUUUUUGUAAUUUACCUUAAUUUACGAUUAAU